CCCUAAAAGAGGACGAUGCAACGUGCAAAAUAUGCGGAUAUCAUCAAGUCGCCACUGGCUGGUGUCUUUGUGAGGACUGAACACUGUCCAAGCGAGGACAACAAAGGGGCGGAGCCUCCACGAUAUCGCUCACCACAACACACGCCACUAACGGCUAAUGGAGACAACUGCGGAGGAUCUGAAGCAGACAACCUCUCAGCUCCAUUAUCCGACAGUGAGGACCUUCCUGAGGAUGGAGACUGGCACGACGCCCACAAUCCUUUGAGCACGGACUGUGAACGUGACGCCAGGACCCACACUGGCGACAAACACUCUGAAUGCUCUCAAAAGAAGACGACUAGAAAAGGUUUCACCUGCUCAGUUUGCCAUAAACUCUUUACUAAGAACUUCCAUUUGAAUGAGCACAUGAGAACGCACACAGGAGAAAAACCUUUCGGUUGCCCAAUUUGCGGAAAAAGCUUUUCUCUUAAAAACAACAGGAACGUGCACCUGCUGACGCACAGGGCCGAGAAACCCUUCCGUUGUUCAGUUUGCGGCAAAACGUUCUCUCGAAAGGUAAACAUGGAGUCGCACAUGAUCACGCACACAGGCGGGAAACCCUUUGAAUGCUCCGUUUGCGACAAGAGCUUCUCCUACAACACUAAUUUGAUCACACACAUGCGGACACACAAAACAGAAAAGUCCUUCAGGUGCUCCGUUUGUGGUACAGGAUUCCGCCAGCGGGUCAACAUGGUCUUGCACAUGCGGACGCACACGGGAGAAAAACCUUACAGUUGCCCGCUCUGCGGUAAAAGAUGUUCCCUGAAGGCCAAUUUGAAUCGACACAUGAAAACGCACACAGGAGAGAAGCCACAUUUUUGUUCACUUUGUGCCAAAACAUUCGCUCGGCGCCACACUUUGACAGCACACAUGUUGACUCACAGCAGAAAAUAAAAGGUCUCCCGUCCUGUUUGUGCUAAACGUUGGAAGCCACCUAGAGAGCUGUGUGCAUCUUAACACAUGACCUCAUAAACUCUAAGUUGGUAUGCUAAUAAAAUAAGCAAAUAAGUGUUGUAUUGCCCACAGUUAUUGAUGAUUGUCUAUAAUUGUGUUUAGUUUGUGUUGCAAAACAUUAUUUGUGAUA